AUGGUGAAGGUCAUGUAUGAACCGUCCCGUCAAGAUCCCAGUAGGAGAAAACAACGUGGCAUUCGUUCUCCGGGGCCAAGAAUACUAGUUCUUGAUCUUGGAGUUGUGGAGGCUGGGGUGAUCGGACCGACAGGCAAAAUACUCGAAUUGACACCACAUGGCAAUCUGGCGCGGGUCCUAGCACAAAAUCAGCUUCUCCCAGAUGGCGUUGAUGUGCAUUUCCCCAGCAACCGCAUUUUCUGGACUAACAUGGGAAAUCCUGGGGAGAUGGAUGGCAGCGUACAGUGUGCAAAUGUAGAUGGAACCGAGAUCCGCACCAUCAUCUCCCCUGGACAUAUCAACACCCCGAAGCAGCUGGUUGUCGACUCAGACUCCCAAAGAUUAUAUUUCGCUGAUCGUGAAGGCAUGAGAAUAUGGAGCUGUGACCUAAACGGCAACAAACUAGAGGUAUUGGUAGAAGCCGGCACAAACGUGGAGGAUCCGACUUGCUGGUGUGUGGGCGUACAAAAGUCCAAGAGAGGAAAACUCUACUGGACACAAAAGGGGGCCUCAAAUUCAGGAAAGGGCCGCAUUUUUAGCAUUGACAUUGCUAGAUCAGAAAGACAGCCGGCCUGUCUCCUUGACAACCUUCCAGAACCGGUGGACUUGGCGCUGGACUCCGACGGGACUACGCUGUUCUGGACUGACCGUGGUGAUAUUCCGCAUGGCAAUUCGCUGAACAAAGUAGCCCUUGAUCGAUUAACCGGCCUACUCAAGACUAUUGACACAAAGCCACAGGUAAUUCUUCGGGGUCUUCACGCGCCCAUAGGCUUGAAGUUGGACGAGGCGGGGGGGCAUAUUUACGUUGGCGACUUGGGCGGCGCUCUCUACAGGUGUAACUUUGACGGUUCAGGCAGGCAAUUACUCUACUCUGGUGACGAUCAUAGUUUUACUGGUAUAGGCUUACUCGACAAUUUGGUCUAG